AAUUACAUCUUGAACAUGAAGCAAUCAGUUUUACCAAAAUAAACAAUACAAGAAUAACUAUAGGAUAUAAGUAAAAAGAAAAAAGUCCCAGUGUUUCAUCAAAUUAAAGUCAAUGAUGGAGGAAAAGACAGAACUCAGACAAAGUCUUUAAAGUGCAUUACUGAAUGAGUAUAAUUUUACAUUUGCCAAAGAAUUUGAACAUGAAUCAUUUUUGUGUAAUAAUUCAUAUGCUGUGAAAAAUGCGCGUAAAAUCCACGGUUGGCAGAUUUAGAUCCUGUAGUAACAACGUGCUUUGUUCAAGUGACGAUGCCGUAACUACCUGUCCAAGAUGGUGGAUCCGUUCGCGCAUGUGCGACUCAAACGGCGGUUGACUCAAAUCCGGCUUUACUUUCUAGCGGCAGCGAGAAGUGGAGACGCAUAAUAGAAAUAGAGAGUGUCAGAGUGGCAAACAGCGAAAGAACAAGGACAACAUGUUGACUUUUGAUAGACGGAUAUAAUUCAUACUUACAGCGAACACCCCACUUCGACAUUUUACUCUGGAGCAAAGAAAUGAAUAUCAUCACACAGUUUCAUGUGACAGUCGCCCCCAUCACAGAAACACAUCCUGUGAUACAGUGUAUAAUUAACAACAACUAUGAGACUCUCAAGAAAUUACUUAAGGACAAAAACAUAAAUGAACGUUACCCAUGCAGAGAAUGCAAUGAUUAUAUAACCCCACUGAUAGCUGCUGUUGUAAAUCACAAGGAGGAUAUUUGUACUUUCCUUCUGCGUCAGGGUGCCGACCCAAAUAUUGCCUCCCAAAUUGGCGUGACACCUUUGCAUUAUGUCUCACUAACCAAAGCCCCUAUUGUGUUUGAGAGGAAACUGCUUGCCGCAAAAGCUGAUCCAAAUGGACAGGAAAUGCAGCUAUUGCGAUUCACACCACUGCAGACCGCCGCCAUUUAUGACAGGGAGGAUGUCUUUAAAGACCUCGUCUCUGCUGGCGCACAGGUAACACUGUUACCUAUAACUGAUCCUGAACAUAUGAUUCACAAUAAGAAAAUAUGUCAGAAGAUUCACAACCUUGCAUCAAAAGGAGAUAAAUUAUGCUCAAAAAUCACAUAUUUUUUGGAUAUGGAAGUUGCUGUGCGUGAGAAAACACCUGAAGAAGUGUUCAAAACCUUUGACAGUCACAUGCUGCGUGAGGAUCCUCAGAGCCAUCUGAUCAUGAUUGAAAUACUCUUUAAUGUUACUGGGCCUGAUGCAGAAAAAUACAGCCAGGGAAGUAUUAAAUGGCUGAAGGACACUGGAAAUUUGAAUUCCUACAUUACAGGUGCAGUCAGUCGCUUUCCAAACAUUCCUAACACAAGUGUAAACAGGGCUAUUAAUAGUUUACGUGCAGUGUUCUGUACAGUGGAAGAGAUACCAAAUGAGCAAGCACUGGCUAUAAUCCCCCAACUACUGGAACAGCUUUGCUCAAAGGGGAGACCUGAUAUAUGGGAAGCUGUUCUGCAAGCACUAUAUGUGAUAACACAGAAAACAAAAGGCACAAAUGGCUGGGAUCCCAACUUUAUUGAAAAGUUAUGCAAAACUGUUGCUCCUUUUGGAAAGGACCAACUCUCCUCUGACGUGAAAGUUUACACAUACGGUGUAUUUGCAAACUUGCUUUCAGUUGAACAUGCGGCUAAACUCUUCUCAUCAGUGGGGAUAACAUCAGUGCCCGAGGGUGUACUUACAUCUGCAGAUAUGAAAAUGAACGACAAGCUGAAAGAAGUGCUCAGACGAUUGAAAGAUCAUUUCAGUAAACCAAAUUCGGAAUAUGAAGACUGUACACUGUUACCUGAAUCCAGCAAGAAGAAGAAAAAGAAGAAGAAAAAGAAGAAGAAAAAGAGGAAAAAGACAGAAAAGCAAGAAGAGCCAAAUGAUGAAGUUUGCUCUGCUGCAACUGAACCAACAGGAGUUCCUGUUGUGGAAACAACUUCAAAUGUUAAGCCGUUCCACUUCAACUCCACUAAUUCAACAACAACAGGCAAAUGGCUACAAAUCAGCAAGAGGUGGAGAGAAAAACUAGAGAAGCUUUCUAGCACUGACGAAAGUAAAGUCACCAGAAUCGGAAGCAUUAUUUAUGUGAAUGAUGCAGAAUUCCGUAUUGCAAAGGGAAGUGAUGGUACCGAAGUCUUCUUGGGGCUGAGAAAUGAUGGCACUGAAGUUGCUAUUAAGAGGAUGUCUAAAUGCAACUAUCAAGUGCUGAAGAAUGAAGAAGGAAUACUGCGACUUCCAGAGCUAGAUCAUCCAUCUAUCGUACGAUACAUUGAUGCUGCAGAGGAUGAGAACUUUGGAUAUCUUGGUCUUCAACUUUGUGAAUACACCCUGGAAGAAUAUAUCAGAAAUAAUGAUGGCAGUCUGCUGAUAAAGAAACUGGUCUAUCAGGUCCUCGACAGUUUAAGGGUGCUUCAUUGUAAAAAUCCUCAAAUUCUCCACCGGGAUCUUAAACCACAGAACGUUUUGAUUGAUGUUAACGGGAGGGCAAGACUAGCUGACUUUGGCAUAAGUAGACGGUUACCUAAAGGCCAAACAACUUUGCGCACUGGCAGUGCAGGAACAAAAUGCUGGAUGGCCAAAGAGACUUUGGAAGAAGAGGCUGACAUACCAUACAAGUCAAGCACAGACAUACAGGUGGCAGGGAUGCUGAUUUAUUAUAUUCUCUCUGGAGGACACCAUCCUUUUGGUGACAAAGCCUGUAAAUGUGAGUCUAACAUUUACGAUGGGAUGUACAAUUUGGACCAUGUUCAAGAUGUGGUCGCAAAGGAUCUCAUCGAGUGGAUGAUCAAUGAGGAACCGAGGAACAGACCUAAAGUGGAAGAAUGCCUGAGUCAUCCCUUCUUCUGGACCAGUGAAAAGAGAGUAGAAUACCUAAGAAGGAUUGGUAACAGGGAGGAGGUGGCAAACUGUCGAAAUGCUGACCAGGAAAUGAUUUGUUCCAUGGAAAAAUGUGCUGGGGAUGGAUCCUUCAAACUGUGGAAAAAUAAGUUUCCACCAGAGUUGGCCCAGAAGAUGGAUGGCAAGAACAAAGCCUACCCUGAAAACACGUUGGGACUACUGCGCUUCAUACGCAACCUCCAUGAGCACUAUGCCGAGGAUGCAGCCAAACUUGACCUAAUGAAGAUGUUUCCUGAUCUCUUCGGAUGUGUUUACAAGUUUGCCAAGACCCAAGGAUGGAAUUCAGAGAUCCCCCUUAGGGAGAUGUUUCAAAGAGGAGACAUUUCCACCAGCUUUGAAAUGCUGUCCAUAAACCCAGAGGAGCAUCUUGGUGUCCCAGUUCAAGAGUCUCAGCCCAGUGACUUGAAGUAAAGUUGACUUCAAAAAAGAUUUCUGACUUAAUUACAAUAUCAAGAGUCCAAUAAGCAGUCAGAGGAAAACAUAUGAGUAGUUUUAUUGUAAUAGUUAUCGGCAUGUCCCAAUGCAAAGAUACAAGACUGCUAUAAAUCGUUAUUGCUAUACAAGGAAUGUUCAACAAGUCAUCAUUUUCCAAAGGUGAGAGUAAGUAACAGUAAAUUACAAGUAGUAGUCUAUGCUACAAAACUCAUGUACUUUAGUACAAUUUUGAAGGACUUAUUUAAACUGGUGUAUUUUUAUUGUAUGAGAUUUUAUUCUUUUUAAAAUGUAUGGGGGUGGCUUUCAUAUCCAGUUACUUUGCAGUUUAAAGGCUGAUGUA